GCGCGUUUUUCACUCUCGCCCUUGCUCUCGCCGAGGCCGCCGAGGGAUGCAUUCGUGUAGGUGAGCACUGCAAAUGCAAGUAGAAGAAAGGCGUGAAAGCCUAAAUGAACAGAUCAAAGCUGUUGAAGGACAGGCCAUUGGAGAAGGGCCAGCAGACCCUCACUGCCUUCUUCUCCAAAGCAGGGUCUGUUAAAACUGUGUCCAAAUGUCCAGUUUGCCUGAAGGAAGUCAGCACCCCUCAGCUGAACCUCCACAAGAAGAACUGCACAGUCGCUAACCAGAAACGCCCUGUCCCCAAGGAUGACAGCGAUUCAGACAUUGAAAUCAUUGAGGACACUAAAACUCCAAUCAAAAAGACCACAGCACCUCUACCUCUACCAAGUGCUUCUAGAAGAAAUGUUUUGGAAGUCAAGAAAGAUGUACCAGAUCCCUACAGCACUGCUGAUGUACCCAGAAGAAGUACACCAUCAAAAGCAGCUGGAUCUGUAGCUGGUGCGCCUACAUCCACAACAUCCUCACCUGCCCCUUCCAGUGAUGUGGCCAAUCCCUCGACCACUGCAGAGCCGUCCAUCGCAGGCAGCGCCCAACCACUCUCCUCCACUCCUAUGAAGGAGGACGACGUGCCUGUGUGGGGCCAGGACUCCCCGCAGAUCUCUGACGUCAUUGGAGGCGCCGCGGCUGCCUUCUGCGAGACCAUGUGGAGUAACUCGAGCUCCGUCGGUGAGAGAAGCGCACCUAACACACCUCAACUGCGCUGCAAGGCAGUCGGUCCGGGCGGCUGGCUCGUGUCGCCCACUCGCUCGCCCUCCGUCAGCCCCAGCGGGCGUGUUCGAGAGUCUCCUGGUGACGUCACGCCCGGCCGGCCGCUGACGUCAUCACCGGCGGCUGUGACGUCAUCGCCGGCAGGUCGCCUGGCGUCGCCGGGAGCGAGGGUACGGCUUUCGCCAGCGGUGGCCGGCCGUAUGGGACGGUUUGCACUGUCCGGACUGAAUCUGCCUGCGCCGACUGGUGCGAGUCCUAGCAGGAAUCAGAGUCCAGCGAAAGGUCGGAGUCCGAGGCGGAGUCCCGCACAGCGCAGGGAACAAGGUGCCGGGAAAAGUCCCAGCAGAAGUCAAAGCAAGAGUCCCGGAAGGUGGCAAGGCAAGAGUCCAGGAGGUCAACAGAAGAAUCCGAGAAGUAGCCCCUUCAUGAGUCCGGGGUCGAGUCCUUUACAGAGUCCUAACCGGCGUCUCCCCAAAACGAACCCUCUGCGGUACCUGAACUCACCAGGAGCUGCCAGACGACGGCUGUAUCGAACAACCUCUGGGGAGGUGCCUGCGCCAGCUUCACCUGCCGCUACCGCAUCCUCACGUUCAGCCACAGGGGACACGGUGGGACAUUCCGAGCUGGUAGAUUUUGGAAGUCCAAAUCGACUUCGUGUAUCAGCAAGAGAAGGAGACCAGGGGAAGGAAAGGGAAAACGAAGGAGGCGGGAGCAAGAAAAACGGCCUGGUGAGACUGGCUGACGUGGGGCUGCUUCGCUGCGACUCAGAUGAGCGAAUGAUCGGAAACUUCCGAGUAGACUCCGACAACGCUGUCACUCCCUGCUCGCCGCUGAAAAAGAACAGUGUUAGCAACGGGCGUGAACCUGCCAGUGAUCCCAUCCCGCCUGGCGAUGUGGUCACAAUAGAUAGCGACUCAAACGGUGCAUCGGCAAAAGCUUCGAUGUUGACCUCGGAAAGCGCCAGAAGCUCAACUCGGACCUUAACCGCAGAUGCAGAUGCCGAACUAAAUCUCAGCGUGGAAGAGGAGGAGAUCCUCUCCCAGGAGUUCAGCACCGAGAUGCCUGAGGUAGCUCUCCUCUCGCCCCAGAAAUCAGACUCCUCCCAGCCAUACUACUUACAGAACUUCCUCUUCAUCAUAAACUCUGUGCUCUCCGAUGAUCUUCACACUCCUCUGCUCGAUGAUGAUGAUCUGAACGUGAUCAGUAGCUUCCGCUCUCUGCCUGCCGCUGCUCAGAUGCUCUACGUCAGAAUGUUCCAGCGUAAGCACGCUUGGCUUCGGCCGGAGAAGCUGCGUUACACAGAGAUUGGUGAUGAGUCGGCGGUGAACGCGGCGCUGGACGCCCUGGCGGCUGAAGGACUGGUAGAAACCGAACGUCAACUGACUGGAGGUGUCGUGCAGCUGGCGGAGCUUCUCCCAGCGCCCGAGCUGCGGCAGCUCUGCCAGCAGCUGCACCUGACUGCCACCGGGCCUCGUCCAGACCUCCUGGCGCGACUGGCAGAGCUUGACAAGAAGCGCGGAGCGGUGAUGUUCGGUGCGACAUCUCCGGCAGAGGUGGCAGCUCGACGAGCGCGGACGCUCCUGGGACGGUGUGUGCGCGUGGCCUCAGCUCCUCGGAGAGUCCUGCUGAGAGUCCUCAGUCUGUUCCACCUUCCUCUGUAUGAGGACGAAGAGGAUACGUCGCAGCAGUUGUUGACACUCCUGAUGGUGAACUUGGGGAGGAUGGUGUAUCCUCCAGUCACCGUCAGUAGACAGACUGCCAUCUUCGCCACCCGGGAUGAUCUGCUAAGAUACGAGACAGCGAGUCAGCUAGAGCGUCAACUGCGGAAUGCAAUUGAAACCAAACAGUGGGACGCGGCCUACGAGACUUACCAAGCGGCAGAGACCAUGCUGGCCUCGCUGAAAGAAGCUCCGGAGCUGGCGAAGCAUGACGCCUCUCUUCCUCCGUUCCUUCGUCGCUUCACCGCCGGCUCCAUCAUCACCUACGUCAUGUCGAAGAGCGUGGAGGUUCUUCAGAGACGACGGGAGCAUGACGCGGCUGUGACCCUGCUACGUUCUCUGCUCGAUCAACACACCUAUCUUCCAGACUACCGCGGUUUCUGGUCGGACCGUCUGGCUCUCACCCUACACCAACACCUCCGCCGCCCUGAUGAAGCUCUCCAGGCUGUCAGGAGCGCACUGGAAGACCCAGAGGUGCGCGGUGGGCGACGUCUGGCGCUAGAGCAGCGGCUAGCCCGCCUGGAGCCGACGCUAACCCCCUCCCCACUCCAGCCCGAUCACCUCCCCAGUGUGGAGAUCGAGGCUCGCUGCUUACCGCGUGACGUACCAGGCCUCAAGAUGGUCUUUCUCCGGCCUGAACAGCCCUCCGGCGGUGCUGACGUCACUGGUUACGUCACCAGCGGUGACGUCACAGUCUGCUCAGUGGAGGAACUGGCUCUCUCGCAUUACUCAUCGCGCUACUCUGAAGGAGUCCACCGCGAGGGAGCGCCAACCGUCACCCUCUUCGCCCUCCUCUUCUGGGAUCUUCUGUACUCCGCCGAGGUCCCAGACAGCUUCCGGAGUGCCUACCAGACCCUCCCACUCGAUCUCAACUCGCCAGCUUUCUUGGAGCGUCGUCGUGAGGCAGUGGAGGCACGUCUGGCUGAACUGGAGGCCGGUUCAGAGGAGGAUGCCUGUCAGCGCGUGGCGGAGGUGUGGGAGGCGCACCACGGGUGUCUAUCACUGGCCUCCUGGGAUGUGUUCAGAGACUGUGAGCACGCUCUGAGCCUGCUGAGGUGUCUGGGAGUACGGCUGGUAACCGCCAUCUGCCGCCGGCUGGCUACAGAGUACAGGUUCACCAGAAGCGGUUUUCCCGACCUGGUCCUGUGGAACCCCUCCACCCUGACUGCGCGGAUCGUCGAGGUCAAGGGGCCCAACGACCGGCUCUCCACCAAGCAGAUACUGUGGAUACAGUACCUGCUGGAUCACGGCGCCGAGGCGGAGGUCUGCUACGUGAAGGCCCUCGGCAGACGAGGAGCGGGAAAGAGGAAGACUGAGAACGCCAGAGGGAAGGGAGAGGAGGUGCGGUCGCCGAGGAAGCGGCGAGCAAGAGGGAAGGCUAGCGGCAGGAAGGCUUGUGAUGCUGGAGCUGAUGAUGUCGAUUAUGUGGAAGGUGAUGUUGAAGGCUGUGGAAGUGGGAAGCCGGAAGAAGUUGUGAAGAGGAAGCGCGGACGGCCGAGGAAGAUUCCAGAAGGAGAGAGUGUGGCAGAGGGUGGUGCGGGAGUGGGGAGAGCAAAGAGAGGGAGACCGAGAAAGAGCGCGGGAGGACCGAGUAGAGAAGAGACCGCGACCUCUGAGCAAGCAGAGCUGGGAGUCAGCGGAAGUCAGACUCGGAGAGAGAGUGCGGAGGGAGCGGGAGAGAGUGCGGAGGGGAGGGGACGGGGUGGCUCUCGCGGGGUCAGGGGGCGUCGAGGGAGGGGAGGGAGAGCGGGAGAGAGUACAAAGAGAGCGAGACAGAGCGCCGGAGACGGAGAGCAAAACGAAGAACCUCAGAAAGAGAAGCGGCCGAGAGGCAGACCGAGAAAGAACGAGAACCUGGCAGAAGGUGCACAAGAAGAGGCUUCUCAGAAAGAGAAGCGAACAAGAGGGAGACCAAGGAAGAAGGAAGAAGGUGCUCAUGAAGUAGAAGUGGUCGCGGUGGAUGACAGUGAUGACAGUUCCACAGAAAUGGCCCACACUGCCAGUGCGAAGCGAGACCAGAGUAGUAAAUUCCAGCGGUUAUCCUCACAGAUGAGCUUUUGGAGCACCGAAGAUUCAUCAGGUAGCGACUUCACCUAGCUGUGAUACAUGGUGCAUUUGCCAACCUUUUGUACGUUAACCAAAAGGUGAUCGAAACGAUCCAAGAGAUCGAAACCUUCCUUAUGGGUACCUGUUCCGUGUGCAUUUUUAUAAACGUUUUGCUCGCUGCUAGCAGAGGGCAGUUGGCCAGUUAUGCACUCACUGCCAGGAUACGAGUCUAGCGCGUCAAAGUUGCCAUAUGUAGAGUCCGUGGGUACCCUGCUUGAGCGGGGAUUUCGUAUUGCUUUCACAUUGCUUGUAGAAAGUGUUGCCGCCCUCUGAGUGUUAUUUAGUGCAUGAUGUUAACUGAGAAGACACCGUUAAUAUAUUUUGUAUGCAAA